AUCAUCACCUGUUACUUAUGAAUUUUACACAGUAUAAAUAAAUAAUUUGGAAGUGGUUGACUCAAUAUGUGGCAGUAUAUUGAAAAGAUUUUAGAAGCUAUUAGAAUAAAGAAGCUGUUGGCCCGCCUCUCAAGAGCAAAGGAAAACGCACUGAGGGAGCUGAUAGGGUUACCACCGAAAACAUCAUGGUUUGAUGAGUGUACCACAACUUUCAUGACAUUUAUGAAGGAUAAACUUUGCCAGACAUUCUGUCCGUGUUGUGUGUAUGACAUAAACAGACGCAAAAAACGGCCAUCAUGUUGGACAAGUCCUACAUUCAGGGAGUUUUUAGGUUUUUUGGGAGGCAUUACAUUGACAAUGAUCUCGUUUUUAAUACUCGUCUACCAGAUGGAGAUGCCGCCUGAAACUGCGUUCCCUCUUUGCGCAUUAGGAGGGCUCGUGCUAACUUUGACGAUGGCAUUCUCAAUGAGUGUUCGAUGCCUCGUGCUCCUUAUGCUACCACAGUUCUUUUCUGGUAAAGGGAGGAUGCUGUUGUUGUUUUAUGCCAUGUUUUUGGCUAUGAACCAUCCCUUAAACAACAUUAAAGUCAAUAUUGGUGUGAUGGCACAGAGCGCAACGUGCGGACAGGAGAUGGCUCUUAAUGGAACCAAAGCUCUCAUCAAAUCUGCUGUAGCUCCUAUGCAAAGCGUAAUGGACAGUAUCAAGGAUGUAAUGUCGAAGCUGGUAGAUUUUGCAAAUACCACGAAGAAAACAUACAAUACCCUAAAACAAACCGUGAUGGAAAUAGGUUCAACAAUAAAGCGGGUUGGACAAUGGCUAGCUAACAUGGUAGACAGAUGUAAUGACAAGAUGGGUGCACCGUAUAGAAAAUGCAAGAAUGCUUUCGGGAAAGCAGUUGAUGACUGUCGAUCCAAACUUGGUAUAGCAAAGUUUGCGUGUAGUAUAGCAGAUGGCUUCAGUGUACUUUGCAACAUCGUUAGAGUUGGAGAGCUGCUGUGCCAUAUUGUGGACCUUAUCAAAUGUUUGGUUGAGAAAGCAAUAGAUUUACCUUCACAGAGAGUACUAAGUUCAGCCCAGGAGAUGUUUUACUUCAAUGUUUCCAUCAAGUAUCACUUUAACUACACCCUCACUCAGUCGAAGAAAUAUUCCGAGAUCAAAGAGGACAUCAGCAAAGAGAUCAUGUCAUACCUCGACAACUUCAUUCUUGUUAUACGUUUAGUCAGGAAUGUCAUGGUUAUAACGAUUGCUUUCAUUCUUAUAAAGGCACUUAUCUACCGAAGUCAAUGGUUGUCGAAUGAUAGAUACGACAACAUCUACAUCACGUUUACAGUUCGAGAUUUGGACGAGAGGAGAAAGGAAAAAAAUAAACCAGGAAUUCUUCCACUUAAUUUUGAUGAGGAGAAAAAAUAUGUCGAGAGUGUGUCUGGGUCCAUGAUUCGCAAAGAAAAAAAGAAACUGGCCUUUGGACUGGUCUUGUUUUUCAUCAGUUUUUUCAACGCAGCUUUCUACCUGUUCUGUGACUAUGGCCUUUACUCCGCGUUACAUCUAAUAGAAACAAACUUUGGAGUAUUGUCUAAACCACCAGUUCCGGCUCACACUAAGAUGCACGUUGCUGGCGCUGGACCUAUGGCAGAUAUGUACCGUUCGGUUGUUGGUAUGUUUGAUCCCCUGUCUGGCGCAUCCAAGUCCAAGACAGACGUCGCACCGUGUGUCCCACGUCCUUCGGAGCCAGACUGGGGCAUCUACAAACUCAUUGGUGUCAUUUAUUUCGUUUGUCUCAUUCUGACCAUUUCUGAGGCCUACGGACUGAGACUGCGUCAUUUGAUAAUGGCGUGUUACUUUCCUCGGCGAGAACGUAAACGUGCAAUUUGGUUGUUUAAUCACAUCCUGAAGACGCGCGGAGGGAUACUCGAGAACGCUAGGAAUAAUAUGAAGAAAAAUAAAAAGGGCGGAGCGGAUGCUCAACAUAUCAGUUUAAAAGGACGUCUAGCGGCAAGUUUCCCUAUUGUUGAGAAGAUAUUGAAAUGUCUCGGAUGGGAGGUGAAGUCAUGUCUAUACUGCGGAAAAGAGGGAAAACCAGAUGAUUACGUGAACUUCGUUCACUGCGCUUUCUUUGACUGUGAUGCGGUAUAUUGCAUUGCAUGUUAUGCGGACCUGGACAAUGUUUGUGCCGUGUGUGAUAAUGCUGUAGAGAUGAAAGGAGGGGAUGACAGUGAGGAAGAAGAUUCUAGUGUAGAUGAGCGUCAGGAGUUAAAGAAGAAAGUUCAGAAAAUGGCAAGAAAGAGGAAGAUAGAAGAAGCGCAUCGUGAACGUAUAAACAGACGAGCUAAUAUGCGUGAGAAAUUUUUAGACAUGGGCAGUGACGUAGAUCUUGAAGAUAUUGGUAGUAACUUGAAUCUCAAUAGUAGUGGUGCGUUAGACAUUCGGUCACGUCUGAGGAAAAGGCGAUACAAGAUGCAUCCAAGAGAAGGCAUUUGCAGGCAAAAUAGAAACAACCAUGCUGUUAGUUAUCCCAUACUUGGUAGAUCACUAAAGCACAGAGAACCUUCGAAUCGGGAUGGCAACGAAGGUUGCAGUACAGGUUGCAAUGUAAGGAAUUGGAACUUUUCUGAAAACCAGGCAAACGAUAAAAACCAAAACCUACAAUUUAAAACGAGACAUUCUAGAUCUUCCAAGAAAUGGGAAGGGUUGUUUUACACGAACGAUUUAAGCGAUGGAGAGAUUUCGUCUGGAUCAUCUAUUGACACGGAAGAUCUAGAGUUUGACUAUCAAUACCUAGAACUGGAUAAUGAAACUGAGUUUACAGAGUAUGAAAAUAGUUGUAGAAGGCGAAGACGGCAUAAAAUAGACCUCGUCUCGAGUGAUAUAUUUUCAGAUACAUCAAGUGAAAGUGAUAAUGGAAGCAAUGACUCCUCGUCUUCAGAGACAUUUAUGUUAGAACCAAUGUCUGUGUCAAUUAGGAGAGAAUAAUAAAAUAUCGUUUGAGUA